ACCUGACACCCAGCUGUCAGCUGAGCACGUGGAGCAAUCGACGCAUCGCGCGGCACGCCAACGGCGGCGGCGCUGGCAGAGGGCGGCACGACGCGGCGACGAUGCCCCGAGGCUAUUUGCGGUCAGGUGGCCGCAGCGGUCGGAGCCCCGUGUGUGUGGCGGUGGUCAGGUGAAUGUGUGCUGUGCUGGUUGAUUAGCGACAUUAGAGUGGAGUAGUGAGUCGACGAACCAAAAGAACGGAGGCUUCUGUUGAAGACUAAUGAGGGCCACAGUGCGGUGAUUACACGAGUGCAGGUGCCCGUCCACGUGCCUCCCAAAACUCAAGACACACCGCAAUUCGUCGCUCGCUGACACCAGCUCAGCUCGAGUGACAACCGCGUAAGCGCCAGAGACCGAACGUCUGCGAAACACAGCGCCCACCAAGCCAAUAAAUCCGCACAUCGGGUCAGCGAUCGCCGGCUCGCAUCGGGCACUGAUUCGCGAGGUGGCCGGCGUCCAAUUCGGUUGGCGACCGGGGGAGGGCGGCUCCGUCCCUGCCAGAGGUGGAGGUACUGACUGACAGACGGACGAGCCGAGAGCGACAGACGAGGGUGCGGCCGCCAGUGACCGGCGGUGACCGACAGUGACCACCAGUGACCGGCGGUGACCGACGGUGACCACCAGAGAAGGCCAACGGUGACACCAAGGGACACCCGGUCACCGGUGGCUGUUACAGUGACCUGAGUGCGAGGAGUAACAUCCCAGUAACGCCCCAGUGAGGACCAGUGGCCAUCAAUAGCUCGGUGAAAGUGUAAUGACUGCUGUGACGACCACUGCGAUUUCUGACGGCCACAGUUACAGUCUAUGACCAUUCGGCCAAAGCAGGACUUGUUCCAGCGAGAAGCCGUUCAGUAACGAUAAGAGCUCCCGGUAAACGGCUUGCCAGCAACACGUAUUCUGGCGACAACCGUCUAAUCGGCAACACUUCUCUUCGGCGAAAACGCAUACAGUGGCUUUCGCGUGCGACUGAAAUAGCGUUAUUUCGGUGCGAAUGGGACGUCCUGUUGAGGUGACGUUCAUCCCCGUCCAUUAGUGACGCUCCGUUACGUUCAGCGCCGUCCUGUGUCGACCCCUGCGUGACCUGACCCUCCGCCCACCAUGCCCGGGGAGCUGGGUGACCCUCCGGCCGACGACUGGGCCGAACAGUGCCUGCGCCGGUGUCGAGCGGAGGCCGUCUGCUCCCUCCGUGCCCUCCUGCAGGAGGACAACUCCGACCCACUACCCAACAAUGCCAACGCCACGGCCAGGCGCACCUCCCCGCCGGAGAUAAUCGUCACACCGGCUGACACGGACGAAGACCGCGCCUGUCCCACUCCACCUCUGCUCCCAGACGGUCACCUCCCGCCGGAUACAGGCGGUGACCUCUCACCGCCACCCAAACGUAGAGGGCACUCGCUGAGGAAACUGCUCACACGGUCCAAGAAGUCUCGCCGCGCUGAGAAGAAGGCACAAAACUCGGAGACAAGUCCCGAUGUUGUCCGGAGCACAGCUGAACUGUCACCGGAGUCCGCCUGCCGCGGUCCCGUCGGAAAGGCGGCGGCUCGGGCGGCCGCCACCGCCGCCGCCCGCCGCACCUCCCAAUCUGUGGAGAACUCCUCGCAGGCCCGUCCGUUCUCCAUGUCGAUGCGCGCCCCGGCGCCGGCCGCGCCUCCGGAGCCCGAUGACCUGGCGGUCCGGCUGAGGGCGUACACGGAGAGUGGAGGUCCGGGCCGGCCGGGGGCCGGGAGACACCAGACGGACAGCGCCAGCGCGCUCUCGGCAGAGUUCCAGCGGUACCUGGCGGCGCGCGUGGCUGAGCUGCGCGAGCGGCGCCGGCGCGGCCUCUCCGAUGACCAGGUGCGAGACGAGUUCCUCCGAGAGGUUGGCGGCAUGCUCCGGGAGAUGGCCGACCAGCUCCGAGAGGCCCGGCUGAAACAGCAGCGGGAGCAGCAGCAGUCGCAGUCGGCUCUGCCCACCAGGCUGGUGGUGUCAGCGGCGCACCGGAUCGAACGGGGCUUCCUGGCGGCUGGCGGGGCCGUCAGAUACGCGCUGCGCUUCAUCACACAUACCGGGCACUCGGAGCAGGAGGCCUGCUGACGGCCGGAGCACGAUAGAGCCAAGAGAAGCAGUCGGGCUACAACCAAAGACUUUAUCGCCCGUCCGUGGCAGAAAAGAAUGGCGACAAAGCGACAUGACUAUGACGUGCCUUAAAGGUUUUAAUCAUCCCUUUAGUGACGCAGGCGUCGGUCGUAUCGUUGUUGGAGAAGUAUGAUACAGUAAGUUACAACGGCGGCUUCAAAGGGGAACCCGAACUGCCAGACAAGGAAUGGACAAGGCGUCGUUCUAGAAGAGUGUUAUUGAUGGUAUUUAUCGAGCGCCUCAAUGAAUUCUAUCGCUCAAUGCAAGGAUGAACGAAGUGUCUUCCCUGUGCGUCUUCAAGUGUACCCCAGUUUGUGUUACUCCGUGCAGUGUUAGUGUUCGUGUGGAUUGCAGAACAUCAUGUGUGCCGAGGAGGGAGGGAAUCAGACGUGCCGAAUGAAGCCUGAGCCGAGCCGCGGUUUUUGCUGUUGUCACCCAGCUGUUCCCUGUACCACACGCACCGUCGCUGCUCCAUAUACCCCACCAGCUGCGGGCGGGCCGCUGUUUUUACGUCUGUCUGAUAUUCACACGGACACCUGUGCAGAGCUCAGCCGUGUUUGGGGGAGAGUGAGCUGUCAUCGUGUCAUCGCGGCUGCUAGUUGGCUGGUCGGCGAGUCACCGCGGUGGGACGGGGAGAGGGAGGGUCGUUCCCCACCGGUGAGGGAGGGGAAAGUGGAGGGUGUUCUAGGUCGUAGCACAUGUCGUAUCACAAUGAACUGAGGAUCAUCUACGCCUGUUUGUUGGGCGUCUUUUAGUAGUGAUUGACCUUGCUUGUGUGUAUUCGGCUGCCAGUUGUGACUACCACGUGGGGAAAACGUGUUGUGAACUGCAGGACAAAAGAGGUGGACAAAAGAGGACAAACAACACCGGUGGGCGCUGCAGUAGUACAACCAUAAAAAUCGAGUUCUGCAACGAAAUGUCAAAGAAGUGUGGCUACUGAAGAAAAAAUGUAGAUGAAACAAAUACAACAAAGCCAUUUUUAACAUGACAAUAUAUUGUUCUUCGGCAUCACAGACAUAGCUCGACAUUCAAAUUCGUUCCAUAACCGCUUUAAAUAUGUAAGUGCCUAUGCAAAACAAAUCACCUACAAGGAAAAUCACAACCAACAACGACUACCGUCUAAAUCACGAGCUGAAAACGGUUCCCCACGGCGUGUGAACAUCAACCAUACGACACAUGUCUCAAAACGUCCCAGCUGACUAGGUUGAACACAUCAAGCGGAGACAUACAACCGCUCCAUCACCCCACAUUUUCAUUGCACGCAACGAAUAAACCCCGUACGCGGGCAUUUUCAAGCAUAUCCUGCUUGUAAGGCUGGCAGUCAGCCCGUUCGCCCUUACCUACCUACUCUAAAAUGGCUAUCAGAAGUCAGAACCCGACAGGGCGGUCGAAUUCGACUCACUAUCUCCUGGUGAGAGACCCUGAAGACACACGGCGGGGUGAUCUCAAAUGUUGGGGCCCCGGGAAACCCAUGAAUAAGCGAAGACAGACUUCAGGACACAGGGUGACAGGACCCUGCUGUGGCUAAGCGGACAAUGCGGACAAGGGGAUAGUAGACUACGCGGGUAGCGUAUAUGUGAAAAAAAGCAGACACAAAGGACAACGGACACUUAUACAUCGGCAAAAAUAACAGCGGACGAUGCGGACCCCGGACGCAUCACCGACCCGUUAAAAAGGACGGUACCGAAUGGCCCAAUCCACACCGCUGCGAUAGUCACACCACCAGGGGGUCACAAUUACUGGUGGACACACUGGGUUGGUCGUGGCUAGCGAAUAUCAAACCACUACCCAGUGCGAGUCCUAGCCUCCUGAAAUGCCUCCAAAUGCCACCGAUAUAUCACAUGCAUGG